AUGCAAGGAAAUAGACCGACUCGUAAAAAGAGUCAACCGGGUCCUUCUUCAGAUGUGAAGUUACCUAAAAUUCCUAGGAUCAAAAUGCCUGAGGAUUUUAAGAUAAGGACACAACCCUUAUUUUCACUUCCGGAAGAAAUACUGAAAUUACCUCCUCCUACAAAGAAGGCUGCAAAGUUCCAAUCUUCAAAGUCAGUUCCAAGAAGAAAGUCGAGCGUUAUGCAGAGUUUCACAGCUAUGAGAAAAGCUAGGGAGGAAUUCAGAGCGAAGCUGAUGAGGCUGAUUUGUCAAUCAGCUCCAGGUGAAGAUGGGGAUGCAAUACCAUCAGGAGAUGAGAAAAAUAUGUUACGAUACUACUAUUAUUUGCGUUAUGGUAUAGAUACCAUACACGUAGCUCCACUGGAUAAUAAAAUGAUUUUACGAGUUCAUAAUUUAAUAUCUCCAAAACUGAGAAAGUGGAGAGAGUGUUUAUUGACAAGCACUGAUGAAAUGCGUGAAGACUUUAUGAUGAGCAUGAAGAAAGCGAUCGUUGACUUUGUUCUCAAGGAUCCUAAUACGGAAGAGUCUCUAGAAGAAGAAGAUACCCCUCUAAAAAGAGAACUUGCUAUGAAAGAUGAUGCUUGGAGAAAUAGAUACGCGUUAGCUAAAAAAUAUCUGAAUAAAAAUUUACACAGCGUUAAUCCGUGCAUAUCGCAAGUCUUACAGAUCUGGUGGAAACAGUAUAAUAAUCUACGAUUGAUCAGCAUGAAGGAUAUUAUGACGACGCACGAGGCUUAUGAACUUCAGGAUUUCUGUUUCGUAUGCAAGCGACAUAUAGACACCGCCGGAAACGUGCUCACGCUACAGUGGCUUCCUACACUACAAGCAGUAUUCCUCCAAGGAAGUAAAAAGAAGCAAAUACCAGAACCGAAGCAGGUUUUGAAAAUGAAGCGGUUCUACAAUUGUUUGGCUUGUAUUAUGACAUAUAAUCUGCAGACCCUAUGUUUGGAGUCUAUGCGAGAGUUUACAGAAUACAUCCUUGAUGUUGGGGGUAUGAAUCAAGGAUUCGUUAUCAAUUUGGCUUUUAAAGAUGACGCGAUAGGAUUUGAACCAACUUUUAAGCAAUUUCGUGAUCAGCUCUGUUUGUUGUAUGAUUUUAUAAUUGACGCCUGUCGCCAAUCACCGCGUUUGGAAACUUUACUGUAUCAAGAUUUUGUAAUUACAAACAGAGCUACUCUACGGCCGAUAAUUGACAACGAACUUGUCGAUGAUUAUAAGAAAAAAAUUGCUGAUAUGAUAAACGAUCAAAGAAUCGGACCAGAACUUCGGGUACAAGAUUUUGAUAAUUACAUAUGUCUACUUAAUGGAGAGUCACAAAGAGAAGUUGAGAAUUUUAUUGACUCACAACCUGAGAAAACGUUUGAAGAGUUUUGCGAAGAAGCAGUUAAAUACGUUUGUGUGGCAAAGGAGAUUCCUUCGAAACUGGAAGGGACGAUAACAAUAGGCAUGUUUCAAAUGCAGAGGGGAGACCUUAUCAAUUCAUUGCGCGGUGCCGCUACUCGGCUCGCUAAUACUUUGCUGAGAAGAAUGACGGAGGAUUAUCAGAAUAUGAUUAAAUCAAUAUAUGAUGAAUAUUCAAAUAUAGCAAACACGCUUUUAACUCCGCCACAAGACACGGCGGCUCUCAUGCAGCUCAUCGACUACUGUAAGAAGGUCGAGGCGGUACUCCUCGACGAAAUGGAGGACAAGUUACGGAAUGUCAUGAGAUAUAUAAUAUUUUUGAGCGACUACACGGUUUUCACACCGCUGGAAAUGAAGGCUAAUAACCAAUCGUUUCAUUGGUAUGCUCGUAUGCCAGGUGUAAUAGAGGAAUGCAAAGUAAUAUGUGAUCAAAAGAAAAUUGAGUAUCAAGAAUUAUUGCAAGUGCGCAUAGCUAAAUUCAUCGAGGACCUAGAUAUUUAUGAGGCUCAAUGUAAUGAACUGCAGUACUGGGGAGAUAUCAACGAACUCUCGAAAUACGUAACACGUGCGCGUCGUUUAGAUGAAAAGCUUGCAAAUGCAUUAGUCAAAAUAGAUCAAUUUAAUGAAGAAGAGACUUCCUUUGGGUGGGAAUUGUCUCAGUAUCCUAAAAGAAAAGCAGUUUAUGAUAGACUCGUUCCCUUUAAAAAGUUAUACGAUGCUGGAUAUGAUUUCUUAGAAAAACAUAAAACUUGGAUGACGUCUAAGGUUGGUAGUUUUGACCCAGAAGACAUAGAAGGUGAUGUGAGUUAUUAUUAUAAGAUUGUUUACAAACUGGAAAAAUCUUUUCAAGAUGUACCCGAUACUUAUCAACUUGCGCAAUCAGUUCGAGAAAAAAUGGAGGAGUUCAAAACACACAUGCCAAUUAUUCAAACCUUAGGAAAUCCUGGAAUGAAACCAAGACAUUGGGAGAAAGUAUCAGAAAUCGUCGGCUUUCCUAUAGUUGUGGACGAUGAAUUGUCAUUAGAGAAAGUUAUUGAUUUUAAUUUGGUCGAUUAUAUAGAAAAGUUUGAGAAUAUAUCUGAAGCAGCUACAAAAGAAAAUAACCUAGAAAAAGCUCUCGAUAAGAUGAUUAAAGAAUGGGCGGAACUGAAAUUCGACAUUUUGCUUUACAAAGAUACUGGGACUUACAUUUUAUCAAGCGUUGAUGAAAUUCAACUGUUACUAGAUGAUCAUAUUGUAAAAACUCAGACAAUGAAAAAUUCACCUUAUAUUAAACCUUUCGAGGAAAUUAUUGUUGAUUGGGAAGGUAAGCUGAUACUAUUACAAGAAAUUUUAGACGAGUGGCUCAAAGUUCAAGCAACGUGGAUGUAUCUAGAGCCAAUAUUUUCCUCUCCCGAUAUUCAGCAACAAAUUCCAGAAGAAGGUCGAAGAUUUAGUGCUGUUGACAAGAUGUGGCGGGAAAUUAUGAAAGCGGCAUAUAGUGAACCGAGAGUGUUAGACGUUAUCACGAUUGAGAAGAUGUUGGACCGACUCCGCAAAUCAAACAACCUACUAGAGAUGGUGCAGCGAGGACUGAACGCGUAUCUUGAAAAGAAACGUCUUUACUUCCCGCGCUUCUUCUUCUUGUCUAACGAUGAACUGCUCGAAAUACUUUCAGAAACAAAAGAUCCUAUGCGCGUACAACCUCAUCUCAAGAAAUGUUUUGAGGGAAUCGCAAAACUUAAUUUCACAGAGGAUUUAGUAGUGACUCAUAUGAAGUCGUCAGAAGGAGAAGUUGUAGAGCUCACGAUUACCAUUAAUACAGCAGCCGCCAGGGGACAAGUGGAGAAAUGGUUACUAGAGCUUGAAAAAGCUAUGAAGGCUUCCGUUCACCACGUAGUGGCGCUUUCUUACGAUGACUACUUGCAACGACCUCGGGAACAGUGGGUACUCAUCUGGCCCGGCCAGGCGGUACAAUGCAUAGCGAUGACGUUUUGGACGUCAGAAGUAACGGAAGCAAUUCAUAUCAGUAUUUCAGCCAUGAGAGCCUACUGGGACAAGUGCAACUACCAAAUAUCAAAAAUUGUAGACUUAGUGAGGGGAGAACUUAGUUUGCAAAAUCGAAUAACACUUGGUGCACUUGUUGUACUGGAUGUACAUGCUAGAGAUGUGCUCAUGGAACUGAUUGAGCUCAACGUGCAGCUCGAUAACGACUUUAAUUGGCUUUCGCAAAUUAGGUAUUAUUGGGAGGUAAAAGAGGACAACAGCAUGCAGAUUGCAACUCGUAUGAUCAAUUCACAACUGAUGUACGGAUAUGAAUAUCUGGGUAAUACUGGGAGAUUGGUGGUAACUCCUCUCACUGACAGGUGCUUUAGAACGCUUUUUGGAGCAUUGCAUCUGAAUUUAGGUGGUGCUCCUGAAGGUCCAGCUGGCACUGGUAAAACAGAAACGACUAAAGACUUAGCGAAGGCCGUCGCUAAGCAGUGCGUUGUGUUCAACUGCUCUGAUGGCCUUGAUUAUCUUGCGCUUGGAAAGUUCUUUAAGGGACUAGCGUCAUGUGGAGCGUGGUCAUGCUUCGAUGAGUUCAACCGCAUCGACCUCGAGGUGUUGUCAGUAGUCGCACAGCAGAUCCUCUCCAUACAGCGCGGUAUUAAUUCUGGAGCAACGGAACUACUGUUCGAAGGGACCUUGCUGCACCUCGACAAGUCUUGCGCCGUCUUCAUCACCAUGAACCCUGGUUAUGCUGGCAGAUCUGAGCUACCUGAUAAUUUAAAGGCGCUAUUCCGAUCAGUAGCGAUGAUGGUACCCGACUACGUGCUCAUAUCCGAGAUCGAGCUGUACGCGUUCGGCUACUUGAACGCCAAACCGCUCGCUGUCAAGAUCGUCGCCACUUAUAAACUGUGUUCAGAACAGCUGUCCUCACAGAGCCAUUACGACUAUGGGAUGCGCGCCGUGAAGUCAGUGCUGCGCGCGGCGGGCGCGCUCAAGCUGCGCUACCCGGACGAGGUGGAGGACGUCAUUCUGCUGCGCUCCAUCAAAGACGUCAACCUGCCCAAGUUUCUCGAGCACGAUGUUCCGCUCUUCAUGGGCAUCAUUGGAGAUUUGUUCCCCGGACUGCCCUUGCCUCAACCGGGUCUACCACAUUUGGUUGCAUGUUUAAAAGAAGUUUGUGUGCCACUUAAUCUUCAAGCUAAUGACUUCUUUAUUGAAAAGGUUCUUCAAUUGUACGAGAUGAUUUUAGUACGACAUGGACUAAUGUUGGUCGGUUUUCCAUUUUCUGGUAAGACUAAAUGUUACCACGCACUUGGACAUGCUCUUGGAUUAGUCUCUGAAAAGGGCCUCAUGGAAGAGAAUGCUGUAGAGUGGACUGUAAUAAAUCCUAAAUCUAUAACAAUGGGUCAACUCUAUGGACAGUUUGAUCCGGUAUCCCACGAGUGGUCUGAUGGGAUUCUUGCUGUCAGCUAUAGGGCUUUUGCAGUGUCGUCUAAUAAUAAUAGAAAGUGGCUAGUUUUUGAUGGCCCGGUAGACGCAAUCUGGAUAGAGAAUCUGAAUACAGUUUUAGACGAUAACAAGAAGUUGUGUUUAAUGAGCGGCGAGAUCAUUCAGCUGGCGCCUACUACAAACCUCAUAUUUGAACCAAUGGAUCUUGAAGCUGCUUCGCCAGCUACGGUAUCACGUUGUGGCAUGAUCUACAUGGAGCCGAAGGGUCUCGGUUGGAAGUGUCUGCUGGAGUCGUGGCUGAACACUCUACCGCCCACUCUGCACGGCUUCAACCGCAAUUACAUUCGCACGCUGUUCAAUCGAUUUAUGUCGCCUUUGCUUUGGCUUGUCGAACUCUCUGGAAAAGUUAAGCAAAUGUAUGUAACGUCGCGCACUAAUCUAGUAAAGGCGUGUAUGAACCUCUUUGACUGUUUCAUGGAUGACUAUAAUGACGAGAAGUAUGUUGAGCAACUCUCUGAUCUCGACAUCAGAGCUCAACUUGAGGGAGUGUUUUUCUUUUCGUGCAUUUGGUCAAUUGGAGCUACUUUAGAGAGUGAUGGUCGUCCUAAAUUUGAUCUUAUGUUCCGUGGUCUACUUGAAAAAGAAUUCCCUGAAAAGGUCAUAGAGGUUUUAGGCUACCCAAAAGAGAUCGCGAAGCCUGAUAAACAGUACAUAUUUACAAUACCAAAAGACGGAUCUGUUUACGAUUAUCGAUUCAUAAAAGAAGGUAAAGGCAAAUGGAAACCGUGGCAUGAUGACGUAGUAGCAGCGCCUCCUAUUAGUCGCGAUACUCCACCUAAUCAAAUACUGGUGACGACUUUAGACAGUGUGAGGUACUUGGCGUUGUUUAAACUCCUGGUGACACACCACAAGGCAGUGAUGAUGGUCGGUCCUACUGGAACUGGGAAAUCAUCUUAUAUCAUUGAUUUCUUAGUAAAAAGAGUUGAUACUAAGAUAUACAAAGCUCUGAUAAUGGCGUUUUCCGCUCAAACGAAUUGUAAUCAAACUCAGGACAUCAUAAUGGGAAAAUUGGAUAAAAGAAGAAAAGGUGUUUUUGGUCCCCCGAUCGGUUGCCACUGUGUGGUGUUUGUGGACGAUGUGAGUAUGCCUCAAGCUGAGACGUAUGGAGCCCAGCCACCGAUAGAAGUACUGCGACAAGGGAUUGAUCUCGGAUUGUGGUACGACCGCAAGACCAAUAUUGCGAUGCAUCUAAUUGAUGUGCAAUUUAUGUGUGCCAUGGGCAAACCCAUGCCUGGGGCUAAGCUCGUAACACCAAGAUUUUCAAGGCACUUCUCAUUCUUCUGCAUCGAUGAGUUUGAUGAUGAAACUCUUAAAGUUAUUUUUGGGAGAAUUAUGCUUUGGCAUUUAGAUACAAGAGGUUUCUCGAAAGAAUUUGAUCCGUGUAUAGAGGAAAUAGUGUCAGCGACGUUAGAAGUGUACAAGCAGUGUCGCUUAAACUUAUUGCCGACACCAUCUAAAUCUCAUUACACUUUUAACUUACGAGAUUUCUCUAAAGUCAUAUUGGGUGUGCUAUUAUCAGUACCAGAGGUAACGCCAGAUCUUCAGUCAAUUAAAAGACUAUGGGUACAUGAAUGUCUUCGAGUGUUUUCGGAUCGCUUGACGGAAGACGCAGACCGACAUUGGCUUGUGAAAUGUUUGCGAGAAGCCACUUAUCUACAUUUGAACGAUGAGUUUGACAAGUUACUCUCGAGACUGCUUGAAGGACCUGAUGAUACUAUUACUGAUUUACACUUACGUAACCUAAUAUAUUGUGACUUUGCCAAUCCAAAAGUAGAUACGCGUUUCUACAUGGAAACCACCAAUAUGGAGCAUUUGAAUUCGACUGUUGAAGCGUACCUUGUGGAGUUCAACAACAUGUCUAAGAAACCAAUGAAUCUUGUGUUAUUUAGGUUUGCAAUCGAGCACGUGUCGCGCGUGUGCCGCGUUCUGACGCAGCCGCGCUCGCACGCGCUGCUGGUGGGGCUCGGCGGCUCGGGCCGGCAGUCGCUCACGCGCCUCGCCGCGCACAUCAACGAGUACGACCUCUUCCAGGUUGAAAUGAGUCGAACCUAUGGUAAGACCGAAUGGCGUGAAGAUUUGAAGACCUUAUUGAGAAAAUCUAGUACCCCUGAUUUACACAUGGUAUUCUUAUUCAUCGAGUCACAAAUCAAAGAAGAAGGAUUCUUAGAAGAUGUCAAUAACAUGUUAAAUUCAGGAGAAGUCCCGAACAUUUUCGUUGCAGAUGAAAAAGCCGAGCUUUGCGAAAAAAUGCGAGUGAUAGACCGUCAACGCGACAAAUCACUCCAAACGGACGGCAGCCCGACGGCCCUUUACGCGUACUUCGUGUCGAUCGUGCGCGACCAGCUGCACAUCGUGCUGGCGAUGUCGCCGGCCGGCACGUCGCUGCGCACGCGCAUACGGAAGUUCCCCUCGCUUGUCAACUGCUGCACCAUUGACUGGUUUCAGGAAUGGCCACCAGAUGCAUUACUUGCAGUCGCUACCCGAUUUUUAAAGGAUGUUGAGUUAACAGAACUUGAACGAGAUACCGCCAUUAAACUUUGUCAAAUGUUCCACACGGACACUCAAGAACUAACAAAACAGUUCCUGCUGCGAUUGAAGCGUUACAAUUACGUCACACCUACGGCUUAUCUAGAGUUAAUUAAUAUGUUUAAGUCAUUAUUGGGAAAGAAGCGAACAGAGUUGCUUACCGGUGAAAAACGUUAUAUAACUGGACUCGAUCAGCUUGCAAUAGCUGCUAAGUCUGUAGCAGCUCUACAAGAAGCUUUAGAAGUCCUGCAACCGAAGUUAGCAGCUGGCGCUGCUGCGGUUGCAGAGACUACUGCUAAGGUGGAGAAAGAAAAGGAAGGAGUUGCUUUGGUAGAAGCUGAAGUACUGGUUGAUCAAGCAGCGGCUGAAGAGCAGGCUAAAGAAGCUCAAGGCAUCAAGGAUGAGUGUGACGCUGAUCUAGCAGAAGCAAUGCCAAUUCUAAAUGCUGCUUUAGCUGCGCUGGAUACUCUCACGCCACAAGAUAUUACCUUCAUCAAGACUAUGAAGAGUCCUCCGAGAGGGAUUAAGCUUGUUAUGGAAGCGAUUUGUAUUUUAAAGGAAGUUAAGCCGGACAAAGUUCCCAAUCCAUCCGGUGUUGGAACAAUUGAAGAUUAUUGGGGACCGUCAAAAAAGCUGUUAAACGAUAUAAAGUUCCUAGAGUCGUUGCAAAACUACGACAAAGAUAACAUCCCACCGGCUGUCAUGAAGAAACUGAUGACCACUGUUAUGCAAGAUGACGGAUUUGUUCCUGAAAAAAUCAGAGCUGUGUCGGUUGCUGCUGAGGGUAUGUGCAAGUGGGUAAUAGCGAUGACGAAAUAUGACAAAGUGGCGAAAGUUGUAGCACCGAAAAAGCAAAGGUUAGCGGCCGCGCAAGCUGUCUACGAUAAGGCCAUGGCCGCCCUCGCUGUCAAGCAGGCGCAACUGAAAGAGGUUCAACAAAAAUUAGCGAAGUUGGAAGAAGCGUUAUCUGAACAGAACCGUCAGCAGAAACUCCUUGACAAUGAGGUUAUGGACUGCAGUAACAAAUUGAAGAGGGCAGAGAUGCUUAUUUCAGGCUUGGGAGGAGAGAAAACUCGCUGGACUAGCAUCGCUAAGACAUUACGUGAAACCUACAAUUCACUCACUGGUGACAUCCUAAUCGCAGCUGGUAUUAUAGCGUAUCUAGGACCAUUCACGGCCGCUUUCCGAAAUGAACAAGUAAAGAAGUGGGCUCAUGCGUGUCACGACUGUGGUAUCGUGUGCAGUCUAAACUACAGCCUCAUCAAGUCGUUAGGAGAGCCCGUCACCAUCCAGCAGUGGAAUAUUGACGGACUGCCGGCUGAUGACUUUAGCGUCGAAAGCGCCAUUAUUAUCAUGACAGCGCGUCGAUGGCCUUUAAUGAUAGAUCCUCAGGGACAGGCAAAUCGUUGGAUUAAAAAUAUGGAGAAGCCUAACAAUCUGAGUGUGGUGCGCAUGACCCAGGCCGAUCUCAGUCGUAUCUUGGAAAACGCCGUGCAAUUUGGACAACCAGUGCUACUGGAGAACGUUCUGGAAGAAUUAGAUCCAAUGUUGGAACCAUUGUUACAGCAACAGACGUUUAAACAAGGUGGAGCACUUUGCAUAAAAAUUGGAGACACAAUCGUUGAGUACAGUAAAGAUUUCAAGUUGUAUAUAAGCACAAAACUAGCAAAUCCACACUACUUGCCGGAAGUUGGAGUUCGUGUCACAUUGGUUAACUUUAUGUUAGCCAAGGAUGGCUUACAAGCACAAUUGCUAGCUAGGGUGGUUGCCCGUGAGAGACCAGACUUACAGCAAGCUAAGGCGGACCUUACCACACAAGGCGCUGAGCAUCGUCGUCUACUCCAGGACAUUGAAAAGAAAAUACUCAAUGUUCUGUCAACUUCUGAACAUUUGUUAGAGGAUGAAGAGGCUGUUCAGAUAUUAAAUUCGGCUAAAGACAUGGCAAAUGAGAUAAAAGAAAAACAAGAAGUGGCGAUGACAACCGAGAAAGCUAUUGAUGAAGCGAGAGACGAUUACGUACCAAUUGCCGUUCAUUCGACUAACUUAUUCUUCUUAAUUGCUUCAUUGGCAAAUAUUGAUCCCAUGUAUCAGUAUUCUUUGGGCUGGUUUGAAGGUUUGUUUACCGCGUCUAUUGAUAACACUGAAAAGGUUGAGGAAAUUCCUGAGAGACUGGCUAUCUUGCGAGCACACUUCACAUAUUCUUUGUACGCAAACAUCUGCAGAAGUCUUUUUGAAAAGGAUAAACUGGUGUUUUCGCUGCUCCUCACCAUAACAAUAUUGGUAGCAGAAGGUCAACUUCAGCAGGCAAAUGUUAUGUUUCUCCUGGCAGGCGCUCAACCAAGAAACGUGCCACCCAACCCCGUCUCUUUCCUCAGCCCUCAGGCCUGGGCAGAGUUAAAUGGGCUUAAUGAAUUUGACAAAUUUCAAGGAAUAGUCAAACAUUUUAUUGAACACCAGAACCAAUGGGAGGCUUUCUGUGACACCCCAGAUCCCCAGAACCAACCCUUGCCAGCGCCCUGGAACAAGAAUCUCGACAUGUUUGAGAAAAUGAUGGUACUGCGUUGUAUGCGCCUGGAUAUGAUGGUUCCCGCUGUACAAAAUUUUGUUGAAGUGCAAAUGGGCCGUCAGUUUGUGGAGCCUCCACUAUUUGAUUUGGCAUCAUCUUACGCGGACUCCCAUUGCUGUAUCCCAUUGUUGUUCGUUUUAACACCAGGGUCUGAUCCUAUGGGUACCUUACUAAAGUUUGCUGACGAUCAGGGUUUUGGGUCUUCUCGUUUGUUUUCUCUGUCUCUUGGACAAGGGCAAGGUCCAAUAGCAGUGAAGUUAAUCGAUGAAGGUGUUAGAAGUGGCACUUGGGUUGUUUUACAAAACUGUCACUUGGCUAAGAGUUGGAUGCCAAUGCUGGAAAAGAUAUGUGAAGGUCUAACUUCAGACUCUACGCACCCGGAUUUUAGAUUGUGGUUGACUUCCUAUCCGGCAGAUCAUUUUCCCGUGUAUGUACUCCAGAAUGGAGUGAAGAUGACUAAUGAGCCACCUCAAGGUUUACGAGCAAACAUAGCCCGGUCGUACCAAAGCGAUCCGAUAAACGACUUGGAGUGGUUCGAGGGCAACAAGCAGACGGAGACGUUCAAGAAGCUCCUGUUCGCGCUGUGUUUCUUCCACGCGGUGGUGCAGGAGCGGCGCCAGUUCGGGCCGCUCGGCUGGAACAUCCGCUACGAGUUCAACGAGACCGACCUGCGCAUCAGCGUCACGCAGCUCUACAUGUUCCUCAACGAGUACGAGGACGUGCAGUUCGUGGCGCUGCGCUACCUGACGGGCGAGUGCAACUACGGCGGCCGCGUGACCGACGACUGGGACCGCCGCUGCCUCAACACCAUCCUCUACAAGUUCUACAACCCACGCGUCAUCGAGGAGGACAAGUACCCUCUCGAUCCCACAGGCACCUACUACAUACCGACACUCCGCGAGCACUCCGAUUUCAUUUCAUUUGCCCGUUCGCUGCCGGUGGCGACUCCGCCGAGCGUGUUUGGCUUCCACUCCAACGCCGACAUCACAAAGCACUUCCGCGAGGCCGAGGAAUUACUCAGCACUGCCGUUCUUACGCAGGAUCGCACGGAUCGUCUGAAAAAACAUUUGGAUACCAUGGCCGCGGGUGGGGUCGGUGUAACCCCAGAGCAACAAGCGAUGGCCAUAGCCGAAGACAUUCUAGCGAGGCUACCCAAGCAGAUCCUCACGGGUCCAUCGCACGAGGGCGACAUAAAACCAGCGGACAUGACUCCGAUGUCCAUCGUUGUGAUACAGGAGGCGGCGCGGUAUGAGCGGCUCGUCUCUGUUGUGAGAACUAGCUCCAGAGCUGUGAUCGGUGCUGUACAAGGUGUAAGCGUUCUCAAUGACAUAACUGAGGAAGUGCUGACGAGUAUGGUUCGCGGCCGCAUCCCAGCGCUGUGGGCUGGCAAAAGUUAUCCUUCGCUCAAGCCUCUUGCCGCAUAUUUCAACGAUCUACUUGCUAGACUCGAGUUCUUACAGCACUGGCACCAGCGCGGGCCGCCGGCGGUGUUCUGGCUGUCGGGCUUCUACUUCCCGCAGGCGUUCCUCACGGCGGCGCAGCAGAGCUACGCGCGCAAGUACCGCAUACCCAUCGACCAGCUCGCCUUCCACUACGAGGUCCAAAGUUCGUUCGAACUGGAGACCCCACCGGAGGAAGGCGUGUACAUCCGCGGUCUGUUCAUGGAGGGCGCGCGCUGGAAUAUGGAGGACUACGUCGUCGACGAGUCGCUUCCCAAAGUGCUCUACGACGACUUCCCGCCGGUGUGGCUGAUCCCCAUGAAGCGCGAGGACAUCCCGGCAGACGCGCGCUACGCCUGCCCGCUGUACAAGACGGGCGAGCGGCGCGGCGUGCUGUCCACCACGGGCCACUCCACCAACUACGUGCUGGCCGUGCGCCUGCCCACCGCGCGCGCGCCCGACCACUGGGUCGUGCGCGGCGCGGCGCUGCUCACUCAGCUGCCCUUCUGA